AUAACAUGGAAGCUUACUGGAGUAGUAGAUUUCCAGUACUCGAUUCCUAACUAAUUAAUUACUAUCUCCCAGAAACAGAAACUUCAUGGAAGCUUUCUCACUAGCCAUAGCUUUUCUUGUUAUCUUUUUCACUAUCAGCUUCUUUGCUUUCAGAAAUGCAUCCAGUAGUGUUGAUUCAAACCUGCCACCGGGCGGCUCCGGGUGGCCUAUUGUGGGCGAAACCCUGGAUUUCAUGGUAAACCCUGAGAAGUUCGUUAGCGAUAGGAUGAAGAAACACUCUCCGGACAUCUUCAGGACCAAUUUUUUCGGAGAAAAGAUCGUGAUCAUAUGCGGCCCCAACGGCCACAAGUUCCUCUUCUCCAACGAGGACAAGCACUUCACUGCGUACCUGCCCAAGGCCAUGCAAAAGCUCUUCUUCUCCACCCAAGUUCAGAACUCCGAUAAGGUUCUGAGCAACGACGAGAUGAAGUUGCCGCGGUUCAUGGCAUUUUUUUUGAAGCCCGAGGCGUUGGUCAAUUACGUGGCAGGUAUGGACUCCAUUAUCCAAAAACAGUUGAAGACUCACUUGGAAGGCAAGGCCGAAGUGAAGAUGUACACUUUCUGCAGGUCCAUAACCUUGACCCUCGCGUGUCGCUUCUUCUUGGGCCUCGAAAACCCAGAACGGAUCGCGAAGCUCGUCGGCCAGUUCGACAAAGUGACCCACGGGAUUCACAAUCUUCCUCUGGACAUCCCCGGGACCGCGCUUCACUACGCGGUCAGAGCCGCCGGGAUGAUUCGCAAGGAGCUUGCAGACGUCUUAGCAGAGAAGAGAGCGCGAGUGGCUUCCGGGGCGCCUACUCAGGAUGUGUGUACGUCGAUGGUUGUUGAAGGGAUGUCGGAUGAGGACAUCAGUGAGAAGAUAAUGGGGGUUUUAGUGGCUGGAUAUAGUACAGUUGCUAACACCAUUACUUUCUUCAUGAAAUUUGUUGGAGAGAGACCUGAUGUUUAUCACAAGAUCUUAUCAGAGCAAUUGGAGAUCUCAAAGUCGAAACAAGCUGAAGAACUCCUAUGCUGGGGUGACAUGCAAAAAAUGAAGUACUCCUGGGCUGUUGUGUGUGAAUCAAUGAGGGUGAUUCCUCCGGUUUUAGGAACUUUCAGAGAGGCCAAAACCGACUUUUCAUAUGGUGGUUUCACUGUUCCAAAGGGGUGGAAGGUAUUUUGGACCGUUAACACGACACAAAGAAACCCUGAGUACUUUCGGGAACCGUAUAAAUUCGACCCCUCAAGAUUCAUGGAAGGUGACAGAAUGCCACUGUAUACUUUUGUGCCAUUUGGAGGAGGACCUAGAAUCUGUCCUGGGAAAGAAUACGCUCGAUUCGUGAUCCUCGCUUUCAUCCACAACUUGGUUAAAAAGUUUAAAUGGGAAGUGGUUGACCCUAAUGAGAGAGUUUUAGGCGGCAUGAUGCCAUACCCGGAGAAAGGACUUCCAGUUCGACUGCAUCCUCGCUACGAUUAAUCAAUGUAUUUGGAAUUUAAUUUUCUUCAAGAUUUGAUCUAUACUUUGGACUUUUUCCAGUUCAUUAAGUUUUAGUUGGAACAUCAUGUAUUGAUUUGUAAUGUUUCUUUAGGUCCAUGAAAGGAUAUCCACUUUCUGUAUGUGUACUGUAGUAGACCUAAAGUGCAAUAAUUUCAAUGACAUUGGAUGUUGGAGAAAUAAGAAAAAUGAUUUUAGAUGCCAA